CAUACGUGAUCUUUAUAUACAUUCCAUGUUAUCGAGUCGAGAGAGAAUCUGUUCGACCAGCAAACAGCCUACCAUGGAUCCGGCAAAGGACGUUCACGUUCUAGUCCUAGCCCACCCAGUGCAAGGCCAUAUAAACCCAAUGCUCCAGUUCUCCAAACGUCUGGCCUCAAAGGGUCUCAAAGUCACCUUCCUAAUCCCCAUCUCAACCAAGAAGUCCCUCAAUCUGGUAAACGCAAGCUCCGUCCAGGUCGAGUACAUUUCUGACGGGUUCGACCACCUGAGCAUUGACGAGUCUCUCAAACACUUCCGGCUCUCAGUCUCUCAGGGCCUGAGCGAUUUCAUUCAGAAACACCAAUCUUGUCAGGAUAAUUCGGCUACAGUUCUUAUUUACGAUUCCUUUGACUGUUGGGCUCUAGAUGUGGCGAUAGAACAUGGCAUGCAUGGAGCUGCGUUCUUCACUCAGUCUUGCGUCGUCUCUUGUAUCUAUUACUUGGUUCACCAAGGAAAAGUGAAGCUCCCAGUAGAAGCUGUUGAUGGACAAGGGCGUGUCCUAUCUGAUCCUCCGGCAAUGUCUGUUUUAGGGUUGAACGAUUUUCCUUCAUUUGUUGUCGAUGUCCAUAAAUAUCCUGCCAUACUCAAGAUGGUUCUGAGACAGUUCUCUAAUUUUCGGAAAGCUAAGUGGCUUUUGUUCAAUACAUUCACCGAGCUCGAGGAGGAGAUGGUGAAUUGGAUGGGGAACCAAUGGCUGAUGCUAACCGUGGGACCCACAAUACCUUCAUUAUACUUGGACAAGAGACUCGAGGACGACACAGACUACGGGCUUAGCCUCUUCAAGCCCGAAGCAGAAGCUUGCCUCCGGUGGCUGGACUCGAAGCCGCCCUGUUCCACCCUCUACGUAUCAUUCGGAAGCUUGGCGUCUCUCGGAGAGGACCAGAUGGAAGAGCUCGCGAGCGGGCUCAGGUCGAUGAAGAGCCACUUCCUGUGGGUGGUGAGAGAGUCUGAAGAGGAGAAGCUCCCACGUAACUUCUUGCAAGAGCUAGGGUUAGAUGAUGAUAAGAAGGGAUUGGUGGUGAGGUGGUGCAAUCAGCUCCAAGUGCUGAGCCACGGCUCUGUCGGUUGCUUCAUGACCCACUGCGGGUGGAACUCUACCCUCGAGGCACUGAGCUUGGGAGUCCCCAUGGUGGUGAUGCCCCAGUGGACGGACCAGCCGACCAAUGCCACGUUUAUCGUGGACGUUUGGAAGGUCGGCCUCAGGGUUAGGGCCAACGAGCGAGGGGUAGUGACUGGGGAAGAGAUCGAGAAUUGCGUGAACGAGAUCAUGGAGGGAGGAGAGAGAGGGAAAGAGAUCAGAGAAAACUCACUGGGUUGGAAAGAAAUGGCCAAACGGGCCAUUGACGAAGGAGGUAGUUCCGAAAAGAACAUCCAAGAAUUUGUUUCCAACGUUCUUGAUUUAUGCACAUGAUGCAUUUGCCCCUGCAAUAAUGGUGAAAAAUAAUCUUACUGAUUUGAUACAUAUGGUUGUAAAAAAGGGAUCAUCAAGUGAGUUGGUCGGUCAUUGUGAUGUUGACUAUGCUGGAGAUCAACACACAUGACGAUCAACUACUGGAUACUCAUUUAAUCUUGGAUCAGUAGUAGUAUCCUGGUGCAGUAAAAGACAGCCGACUAUGUCUUUGUCUACAAUAGAAGCUAAAUAUAGAGCAGCAGUAAUGGCAGCUCAGGAGAGCAUGUGGCUAGUGCAAUUAUUGGAUGAUCUUCAUCAGUCAAUAGGUUAUUCGACAAUAUUGUAUUGUAAUAAUCUAUCCACUAUAAGCUUGGCAGAGAAUCUAGUUUUCCAUGCUAGGACUAAGCAUGUGGAAGUCCAUUAUCACUUUCUAUGAGAGAAAGUGUUGGAGGGCGAGAUCAAGAUGAAGUACAUCAAGACAGGUGAUCAAGUUGCUGAUAUCUUCACCAAAGGUCUUGGAGUUGCAAAGUUUGAAGAGUUUCGAGCUCAGCUUGGUAUGGUCGCGAGGACUAUCCUUAGAGAGAGUA